CUCAAGUCGUCUGCCCUUUCUUGCAGGUAAGUGCUAUGUGUGCUCUCUUUGGUUGGUUUAGCUUGCAUUAGGCAGAGUAGGACCUGCCAGAUAUGGGGUACAUUGGCGUUGUUGGCAGGCGUAUGCAAUGUAUGAUCAUAUAAUGUAACUAAAUCCAAUGGAUUUUCAUAUAUAUUGCUUAGUUUUUUUCUCCUCUUGUUUUGCCUGUCAUAUCUUGUCUUGUUUUAGUUUGUAUUCCCAGUCCAUGUACAGUCCUGUCCCUUAUGUAUUGUGUACAUGUUCUAGGUUUAGCUUUCUAUCCUUCUCUGGUUCUGGGUUCUAGUAGUUUUGUCUUGUUUUCAUGUUUGGUGCUCUUCUAGUCUUGCCUUGUUUUCUGUACUGGAUACAUUCUUGCUGCAGAGCCUCCCUAUCUAGUUGCUGGGAGGUCUGCAUAUCAUCUAACUCUUGGGAUCCGCAGUAGCUGUAUCAGGGACCUGGUAUGUGGCCGCACAAACGCUGGUGCUCAACACCAGAGGGCGUGUGGUUACCCUGCACCAGACCCUGAUGAUCCACGUCCACGCUGAAGACUCCCAACUUCUCAUCAGGCACUCAGGGGUCCCGGUUUCCAUACUGCCACCCGUGACAGUGUGUUUCAGUGUGUCUGUGUGUGUGUGUGUGUGUUGUCUGUCAGUGAGUGAGUGUGUGUAUGUCUGUCAGUGAGUGUGUAUGUCAGUUAAUAUGUGUGUGGUUGUCUGUCAGUGAAUGUGUUUCUGUCAGUGAGUGUGUGUGUGUUUCUGUCAGUGAAUGUGUGUGUAAGAGUCAGUGUGUGCAUGUAUGAGUCAGUGAGUGCAUGUGUGUGUAUAUAUUAAAGGAACAGUAUAGGGUCAGGAACAAACAUAUUCUUGCCCUUGUAGUGUUAAAAAUAAAUGUAGGGUCCCUGCCUCCCUCUUGCCUCCCCUUAACACCAUUAAGGCAUACUAUGCCGCCCUGCACAUUAUGGGCUUAAACACUGUUAGGACGGCAUGGUUCACCCUAACAACUGUUAGUCAGAGAAACGUACCUGACCCAACAAUCCUCGUUGCUCCCAGUCUGGGUGGACUGCCUGACAUGCCAAGCAGUUCCCCUGCUGCCAGUCCGGUCCUCCCGCAAUCACAUGGCUGUCUGCAGCUCUGCCCUCAGGGGGGACUGCCUGAGAUAUCUCAGGCAGUGACCCAAAGUGAAAAAAAAAAGUUUUUGUGAUGUAUUGUGUUACUUCAUUCUUGCUUAAAAAAAACACAAAAAAUGGUCAUAUUGGAAAAUAAAAUAAUAUUGUCGAAUGUUGGAAUUCAAGUUUUACUUCUUGAAUAAACUUUGUUUUAAUUUAUUUCCCUGCAUGUCAUCUUGAUGUUUUGUAAUAUUUUCAUUGUGUAUUAAGAGAGGGGCGGCAGAAUCGGAGUCCGCCCCGGGCGGCAAAAUCUCUAGCUACGCCACUGCAUUAAUUACUUACAGUAUUUGUCUUCUGUAUACAACAGCUUUGAGACACAACUCAGGAAGAGAUGCAAAGCCAGUAAACCACUCAAGGACAGCUGUUUCAUUGUUAAUGCAACUCAGAGUGAGGUUGGUCACUGGCUUGCUAUUGAAAUUUGGUGUUAUGUGUGCAGCACAUACCAAAAGAGUCAUGGUGUGAAAAGAAACCUGAUUAAAAACCCCUUAUGUAUACAUACUACUAGAGUAAUAAGUAAUGAUGUUAUAAUGGGGAAAAAAGUUAUUAAAAACUAAAAUGUGUGCGGUUUCUUACAUAUAUAUUGUUUGCUAGCUAUGACUCUUUAUUGCUGAACCUAUAUUGCCUGAUAUGUUCUUGAUGUACUUACUCAGCACAUUAAAAAUAAAGAAUCUAAAAAAGAUAAUUACAGCAUAUUAAUGAGGCCAAAGCCUAUUAAAUGCAUUAAACUAGUAUUGGUGCCCACUACUGGUGUCCCUUUAAGCUAAAAUUAUUUUAGUGCUUAGAGUGCCCUUUUAGUAGACUGUGUGUUUUAUUUUUUUAUAACAAGUUAGGUUUCAGCCACAUUAUGGUCUGGUAAAAGCUCACAGAAGUUAGAAAUCUAAGACAAAAAUAAAGUUCAAGAUGAGCAUUUAUACAACUCUUUCAAUUUCAUCUUUUGUGAGGUACAGUCAAAUAAACAAUGUUUCUACUGUACCAACAUUAAUGGAACCAUGACCCAGCUUAGCCCUUUAACGCUGUUAUGGCAUACUGUACCGCCCAGCGAAAGCAGGGCUUUAACGCUGUUAGAGCAGCAUAGCACUCCCUAUCGAUCAGCUGUUCCCCUCAGUCCAGAUACUUACCUUCUGCGGCGAUCCUGAUCGUGAGACUGCCUGACAACCCAGGCAAUACCCCUCCUGCAAAUCCGGCCCAUGUGAUCACGAUGUGGGUUUGUGACUAAGCAGUUACUACAAAAGACUGGGCAUAUCCCAUUUUGAAUACCCUGGAUUGUCUACUUUUGCAAAUGGUAUGCCAUGACGAGGGUGAUUCUUAUUCUUUGGCUGCCAUAUGGUCUUAAACAUAGGCCCAGAAAACCAGUCUGGCAAAUUUCAAUGUGUAAAAACGGAAAUGGGCAAGCGUUCUUUUUGACCUUGUCCAAAACAACAUAACACCUGUUCGUGGGCGGGUAUCAUUGUACCCAUGCGACAUCACAACAUACAAAUAUGUAGGUUUUAUUGCAGUAAAAGCUAACACUAUUAUAACAUUCACAGUUUAAAUGCCAUGUAGAAGUUGGAAAAUACAUUUCUUUAUUCAUAUUAAAUUGUGUUCCAUAUAUAAAUAUUUAAUGUGAAAUGAAAGCCCUAUUUUUCCUGAACAAAAUAUUCUGUAAUAAGUGUAGGUACACUUAAUAUGAAAGUAGUAAAUUAUGGUUGAACAGACAUAUAGUUACAAUUGUAGGUUUUGUUUUGCCUCAUCCUUAAUUGGUUAAGGGGUUACAAUCCGCACAAUGUAACAUACAAAUUUUUUGUUUAUAACGAUUAAUAUAUAAACUAAAAUAUAAAAGUAAAGAGUCCUUUCAACUACGAUUGUCAUUUCCUGUUUUCUUCAACGCACAAGUUUCAAUUUCAUAAUUAUAAAAGCUAGGAACUUCCCCUAACAUAUUAUUUAUACUUUAGAUACACGCUAAAGCAUUCAGAGGAAACAGGACACUUAAACUGUAAGUAUUCAGUAUUAAACUAUAUACUGCGUGUGUGAAUGUAUACCUAAACAUAUAUGUAAAUAUGCACAUGCAUGCACAUCUCGCUAUAUCUAUCUAUCUAUCUAUCUAUAUCUUCGAUAGGGCUUUGACAGUGUAUCAAAGGUUUGCCAUGGAAUUCCCCAACCGGGAAUAUAUAUAUAUAUAUACAUACACAAAAGACAUGAAAAUAACAAUUAAAAUUACUCAGAAUUUAUAGUAAAAGAUUUGUGAAAUUGCCACUAAAUGCUUAUGCAGAGGCUAUGUGAGACUAACCCCCCCUUAAUAAUUUAUUGUAUUUUUAAUGGUGUUCAUUUGCAACUGGCUGAUUUUGAGCAUCAAAUUCAAUUAAGUCUAUAAGGAUUUUCAAAAAUAUAUAUGAAAUGUUGUAUGAAACUGAUUUUUUUGGCUUCCAAACUUGUAUCUGGGUGCUAGGAAGGAAGACAGAAAGUCACCCACAGCAGAACGUGAGGACAUGAUUUAAAGGGGAACUAACUUUUUUUGUAGAAAUUUUAUUAUGUUUACCUAUCGUCAUAUUUAACAAAUAUGUACUUGCAAGUUGUGCAGAAUAAAAUGAAAUGUAGAAUCCCACCAUCUUGGCUCAAUCAGUGUUGCAAGCUCUGUCCUAUGCACCUGGCAGUCAGUAUACAGAAAGCAUUAAGAGAAGAGGAGUAAUGAAACAAUGUCUUAUUUCCCCUUCUUGUUUGCAGUGUGUGUCCUGACUUUGUCUUGUCUGAACUGGAUUGUGAACUUAACUCGCUGAAUUGUUAAUAUACAUUUAUAAGAAAACAGAACAUCUAACCAAAAUAUGGCUAAUACAAGUUCUAGAUGAUUUUCAUUGGUUAUCAAUGUUAUUUAAUGGUGUAAAUUCCAGAAAGUCACAGUUCCCGUUGAUUGGUGAUGGGUGAAUAUUGCAAUUUCAGCUCUUAUUGUAAAAUAGUAGAGAGGUGUUUAUGAAGAUUAAUGUAAAAACUAGAACUGAAUGGUCUCAAGCAGAGUCAGCCAGGAAUUUAAAGUGACUUUCAUAUUAAGCCCCCUAAGGAUGGUGGGUGAUCUAUGCUGUCCUGGCGGGGUGGUCUCUAACACUGCAAGGCAUCAAGGAACGUCCCCACCGUCCUUUGAACUUACCGGGGGGCCUGCCGGCGGUCGCAAUCCUGGGGACAGCCUGGAAGCCCAGGCAGUCCCCCUCCGGCAGAUUCAGCCCUCCCGGGCCAUGUGAUGGCAUGGUCCUCGUGACCACAUGGCCGGAAUGGCUGUCUGCAGCUCUGCCUGCAGGCGUACUGCCUGAGCUCGCAGGCUGUCCCUCUAAUGCCUGAAAGAAAAUUUUUAAAAGUUUAAUAAAGCUUUAAAAAACAGUUUAUAAAUUAAAUAAAAAGUACUAAGAUAAAAUGCAAAUAAUAAAUGUAAAAUUUUUUAAAGUCGCUGCAAAGUGAAUGUAAAAUGACGAUUUUCAGUGAAUUGUAACCGAACGCGCAAAGGGUAAAUUCACAAUACGACAUUGAUAGAACAAAAUUCAGGAACCGAAUUAUUGGCGAAUUAAAACCGAAUUGACACUAUUAACAUCAAUACAAUUAGGCUCGGAGUCAUAUUUUCAGCUAAUUAAAGACAAUUUAACAUGGCACAAUUAGGCAUAUGUACAAACAAAAUGCAGAUACAUUUGGUACAUAGGACAAUAUUAUAACAAAAUAUUCUUAGUAGGUACCCUAGAGCACUGCAUAAAAUAAUGAUAUACACGUAAAUGUAUUUUAAAAAUGAUGCUACCCUGAAUAUUCUUAAGCACUAUCAAAGGUUAAAGCCCCACUGAGAAUGCAAAUCUGUACAAAGAAGAGGCAAAAACAAAGUCUGAAAAGAUGCAAGCAGGGCCGGCCUUAGGCAAUUAGGCGCCCUGUGCAAAAAGUCUUCACGGCGCCCCCCCCACCUCCCACCAAGUUGCCUGAAUACAGUAACACACACAGGCACCGGGGACGUGUGUAUCACGAGGCAAACAAGGCAUCUGCCUUGGGCGCCACUUUGCAGGGGGCGGCAAAAAAAAGCAUCCCUCCAAACCCCCAGGCAGAUCCCUUGCUUGCCUCGCAUCCUGGGGGGCUCAAGAGCUGACCGGCUGGCCACUUUUGAGCCCCCCCAAGGCUGGCAGCGGGCAGCGAAGGAGCAUACUCACCUGAGCUCUUCCUGCUCAGCUUCCUCUGCGCCGCUUAAUGAAGCCGGGAGCCAGAAUAUGACGUCAGUCCGGCUCCCGGCAUCACUAAGCGCUGCUUACUCAGCCUGUGCGCCCCCUGCCUGCCUGCCCAGCAGCCACACUGGACUGCUGGUAAGAAAUCCACUCCAGCUUUCCCAGGGAGGCUGGGUGGAUUUAAAAUAAAUGUAAAAAAUAUUAGUUUGUGAGUGUUAGUGGAAAUGUCUGUGUGUGUGUCUGUGAGUGUUUAUUUUGAAGUGAAUGUGUGUGUGUGUGUGUGUGUGUGUAAGUGUGUAAUUGUGUGUGUCUGUAAGUGUGUAAUUGUGUGUGUCUGUAAGUGAAUGUGUGUGUGUCUGUGAGUGAAUGUGUGUGUUGGUCAGUGAGUGUAUAUGUGUCAGUCAGUGAGUGUGUAUGUGUCAGUCAGUGAGUGUGUAUGUGUCGUCAGUGAGUGUGUAUGUGUCGUCAGUCAGUGAGUGUGUAAGUCAGUGAGUGUGUGUGUCGGUCAGUGAGUGUGUGUCAGUCAGUGUGUAUGUGUCGGUCAGUGGAGUCGUGCAUCUUUCAGUGAGUGCUUGCGUCUGUCAGUGAGAGUGUGCAUCUGUCAGUGUGUGUCCAAGUAAUAGUGUAUGUGUGUAUGUCAUUGUUUGUCAGUGUAUAUGAGAGUGUGUGUCUGUCAGUGAGUGUGCGUCUGUCAGUGAGUGAGCGUCUGUCAGUCAAAGUGCGGCCUUGACAGGAAGGGGUGGGGGAAAUUUAAACUCGGUUACAGGCAUGUACACACACACUCAGUUAAAGGCAGUCACACAUACAGGCACAGGCACAAACAAUGGCACAGCUACAGCGACACACACAGACAGACAGUCACAUAGGCAGUCACACACACAGACAGACACACAGUAACACACACAUAGACAGUUAUACACACACAGGCAGGCAGUCACACAGAUAGAAAGUCACACACACAGGCAGGCAGUCACACACAGACAGAUAGUUACAGACAGACACACACAGGCAGGCAGUCACAUACAGGCAGUCACACACACAGGCAGUCACACACACAGACAGACAGUCACACACACAGACAGUCACACACAGGCAGGCAGUCACACACAGAGACAGUCACACACAGAGACAGUCACACACACACACAGAGACAGACAGUCACACACACACACACACACACAAGGACAGGCAGUCACACAGACAGUCACACACACACACAGACAGUCACACGCACACAGGCAGGCAGUCACACAGACAGACAGUCACACACACACACAGACAGACAGUCACACAAACAGGCAAACAGUCACACACACACACUUACCUCUUUCCAGUGGAUGCAGUUGGCUGAUGGGGAAGCAUCUUUCCCUCUUCCUGUACAGCAGGGGCUUCGGGAGGUAUUAGCCCCGUCUCCGCCUCUCGAUAAGCCCCGCCUCCGCCGCUCGGUAAACCCCGCCCCCUCUGCCGCGAUUUUUUUUUUUUUUUUUAAAUAGACCCGGGUGGAGAAUAAUUAAUCCUCCAGCCAGGUACCUCUUUUAGCUCCCCUGCACUCCGGCCAUGAGUGAGCUGUGUCGGCCACAGGGCGCCCCCUGUUCCAUGGCGCCCUGUGCGGUCGCACAGCUCGCACACCCCUAAGGCCGGCCCUGGAUGCAAGAAAACAAGAGGGGUAGGCCUAAUAAAUGGUUAGGAGUGGUAAAGUGACUAUAUAAUAUAUAUAUAUACAAUUUAACCCAAAGGUAAAUAUAUAACUAUAAUAAGAGCGACUAAUGCCAUUCUAGGGGACUUGCAUCACACGGAAAGGAAAGAUCAAUGUAGACAUUAUAAAUGAAAAACAAUUAUCAAACUAAAAGACUCACCAUGCAGUGAGCACAGCAUGGAGUACCAAUAGGAACCAGUGCUACUCAAGUUUGUCAUUAGGACCUUGAGGUGGCAGCAUCUCCAGUCGGUACAUCCACUGUACUUACUUUUGGGGCAGCAACCUUUCCCUUUUCCGCUCUGACUAAUGUGGGUACCCUCUAAGUUCGCCAGCAUUAUAGUCAAACUUACUAAAGUUUCUAAACAUUGGAGUAUCUGACUCUGAGUUACGAAUAGAAGUUUUGUGUCGUUUUUUUAGAGUAUGGAUAGUUUCACCAACAUAUCCAAGGCCACAGGGUUGAUACACAUAAGAUUGUCAUUCUUCUGGUCUACAAACAUCAAGAAAAUUCAAAGACGAUGUACUAGAGCUGUACUAAAACUUAAUGAACUGGUCAAGUUCCAUAGAGGAAUCAUUCCAAAGAAGGGAGUAAUCAUUUUUGUAGCGACACUACGUCUGUUCCUUGAUGGGAGAGACAGGACUAGUUACCUGUAUAGCUGCUGUAUCUUAUUGGACCUUUUGUUAUUGUGUUUUUUAUUAGGAUAUGGUGCACUUUUUGGUUCUUCAUCUGGCAUUUAAUUUUAUGUACCAACAAUAAAACACAAUAACAUUUUACUGGAAAACGUGGUAUAAAAUUAGUUUAUCAUAUCUUUUUUUUAGCAGCACUGCAGAAGAUUGCUAAACUCUAGUUACACAAACCCCACCCCACCCUAUACAAUAUAUGGAUACAUAUAUUUUAUGAAUGCAAAAAUAUACAUGUAUGGCUCAUAUUAACGUCUCAUGCUAAAUUCAAACCCAAGAAAAAGAGACCAUAUUGGCAUCAGAACUGGUGAUAAACACAUAUCACGGUAUUCAAUGUUUAGUGUUUCCUGUCUUGAGCAUAAAGGCGGAGUGUAUACAGUAUCUCACAAAAGUGAGUACACCCCUCACAUUUUUGUAAAUAUUUUAUUAUAUUUUUUCAUGUGACAACACUGAAGAAAUUACACUCUACUACAAUGUAAAGUAGUAAGUGUACAGCCUGUAAAACAGUGUAAAUUUGCUGUCCCCUCAAAAUAACUCAACACACAGGACACAGCCAUUAAUGUCUAAACCAAUGGCAACAAAAUAAAUACACCCCUAAGAGGAAAUGUCCAAAUUGGGCCCAAAGUGUCAAUAUUUUGUGUGGCCACCAUUAUUUUCAGGCACUGCCUUAACCCUCAAGGGCAUUGAGGUUACCAGAGCUUCACAGGUUGCCAGUGGAGUCCUCUUUUACUCCUCCAUGAUGACAUCACGGAGCUGGUGGAUGUUAGAAACCUUGCACUCCCCCACCUUCCGUUUGAGGAUGCCCCACAUGUUCAAUACGGUUUAGGUCUGUAGACAUGCUUGGCCAGUCCAUCACCUUUACCUUCAGCUUCUUUAGCAAGGCAGUGGUCGUCUUAAAGGUGUGUUUGGGGUCGCUGUCAUGUUGGAAUACUGCCCUGCGGCACAAUCUCUAAAGGAAGGGGAUCAUGCUCUGCUUCAGUAUGUCACAGUACAUCUUGGCAUUCAAAAAGGUGACAAAAGGUCCCCCCCUUAAUUGUUAUUUAGGGCCCACACGCCCCGCUCAGGGGUGGGAGCCGGGGGGGACAAUAGGUCUCCCCCCCCAGAUUUUCAUAUAGGGCCCCCACCUGCCACACAGGGGUGGAGGCUGGGGGGGAGGACAAUAGGUUCCCCCUUUAUUGUUAUUUAGGACCCCCACCCGCCGCUCUGGGGUAGGGGUCGGAGGGGAACAAUAUGUUUCCCCCCUUAUUGUUACUUAGGGCUCCCACCUCAUGGCUGAGAGCCAGGGGAGGCAAUAGGUCCCCCGUUCAGUUUAAUAGCCCCCACUCGCGCUGCACGGGUGGGGGCUCAGGAGGGGGGACACUAGGGGUUGUUUUUUCUUUUUCUUUUUUUAACAGUGAACACUGGCUGCUCACUGUUUACUAGACAUGCCCCUACUCACGGUAAUCUUUACUUAGUAUUAGUAAAUUUGGCUGAAAGAUGCAGCCACGGUACGAAUAGGAUCGGAGUUUCAUUCAUUCAAAUCAAACUCCGAUCCGAACAAAGUCCAGAAUUGUGUCCUAACACGAAUGGAGAAACUGUUCUCAUUCUGUUAGAAUGAAAUUCGGUAGUUUGUCUAAGUGACAGGACGUUCGGGAAUACUGACAGGAAGCAUCGCAAGAUCACAGAUCAAAGGUGAGAAUUGUGGGAAAAUUGCUUUGAUCACCGGAAACAAAGCACACUCUGCUCCUCCGCUGUUCAAAGCUGGUCAAGCGUAGGAAACCUCCAUAAGACAAAGUAGUCCCUACUUUGUCAUCUGUUAUAAAGAAAACUAGAGCAGACAGGAAGAAAUGAAGAACAGAUCCUGACAGAGUGAGAAAAGAGGAAUUGAUUAAAGAAAGGUGAUGAUGAGUCUAAUCUUAGUGGAUACUUAGCUAGCAAAACUUGAAUACCAAGUUGUCCAUUUUUAAUAUUAUCUAGGCAAUAAUAGUUGGUUGAAAUAGAUAAUGUCGUUAUAUAUCGACAGGGUUAUUUACUGAAGUGAGAAUUUAAAGUUAAUUCAAUGUGAAUUUAAAAUUUAAAAUUUUAAUCUGAGUAGCUAAAUUGAAAGCCUGUGGCAAAUGUAACCAGUUCUUGGAGGGGCCUGUUUGCCAGCAUCCUACCCUGUGACUAUGGGUCCUGUAAUAUACUUUGUUUAAAAACACUGUUUGUGCCCUUGUGGACUUAUACCAGGAACUGUUCUAACUUUCAAAGUGGCACUUCGAACCCCCAAACUCCCGAAGCCAUUUGAAGUGCCAUUCGACCACGAGGUGGCGGCCAUCUUGUUCACAUGGACCAAAACCGCAAAUAAACUUCACGGGGACUUAGCCGCGAAUGCCCUGGAACUAUUUUCGGCAUGAAAACCUCAUGGUUCCCGGUCGGUCCUCCAAUACACACAAGCUUACUGACACACACAAACAAGAUCACAAGCUCACAGAGCUUGCUACACACAAGCUCACUGACACACACAAGCUUACUGACACACACAAGCUUACUGACACACACAAGCUUACUGACACAGAAACAAGCACGCUACACAAACACAAGCUCAUUAAACACAAGCUCACUGACACACACAAAAGCUCACUGACAAACACAUAAACUCAUUAAAUACAAACUUACUACACACACAAGCUCACUAAACACACACACAAGCUCAGUGACACACACAAAAGCUCAUUGACACACACAAGCUCACUGACACACAUACACACAAGCUCACAAACACACACACAAGCUCACUGACACACACACUAGCUCAUUAAAUACAAGCUUACUACACACACACACAAGCUCACUAAACACACACACAAGCUCACUGACACACACACACACAAACUCACUGAAACACAUACAAGCUCACUAGUACACAAGAUCACACUGUCACUCACCUUUUGCAUGGAACUCAGUUUAUGGGGAGACCAAUGGGGAGACCAAUUAAAAGAGAAAUUCACUAAUCAACUAGAAAUUACUAGAGCAUAAACAAACUCCUUAGCAGUAUCUUGCGUAAGAAACGGGUGGACAAUGUUUUUAAGCUAGAAUCUUCAGGAUAUAGCAACAAACUGGAGAUGAGAUAUAAAGAGGAGGUACAACUAGGAAUCCCAGGGCAUUGGUGCAAGAAUCAAAGAAGGUCCCCAUUAUCACCUCUCCUUGCACCCCUUAUGCAAUAAACCUGAGUGAUAUGUGUGUGGUUGCUGAGUGUGUCAGUUCCCCCUCCAGGCACAGUAUAUUUUGGCAGAGUAAGCACUUGCUGUCUGGUUAAAAAGGUACCUACUCUUCCUUACCGCAUUGCUACCUGUAACCUGCAUCGUGGGGAACCAUAAGAAGGCCAGCCAAGUAGCUCUUUGGGGCCCGGUCAUACUUGCAUCCUUAGCGACCACUGUUGUUUCAACAAUGUUCACCACAUUCUAAGAGAUUCCUAGUACCUGCAUAUCCAAAGAUGGACACAUAAACAGAGCAAAAUGUUUACCAUAGAAAAAUAGAUUGCUAUCAAAAUGUGAAUAAAAACAAAAUACAUAUUUAAUGACUGACUCACUAACAGGUCCACAAUGAUGGGACACAUUCUAUCUGCCACAGAAACAGAAUGGCAUAUUUGAAUAAAACAGAUUGGUUGGUCAGUUGCAAAACCUCCAAUGCUAAUACCCACCUCAACAUCAACCACUGCACAACCCACUUCAACUGCAACACCAGUUGCUCACUGUAAUUAUAUUCUAGACAACAUGAGGUGAAAGACUAAAACAGGCCAGCUUUCUCCCCAUGUAAUUUUUGCAGAUUAUGUCUGUGUGUUAAACUAAAAGAACUGCCUGUGUCUUCUUAGGAAGUCAUUCUUUUUAUGUUUUAUGUUUUUGGUAUAUCAUAACGCUGCUAUGUAAAUCAGAGAUGUGUAAUUAUCUGGUGAUUUUAUUAUUACACACAGUACAUUUUCGGGUUGUAUGGAACACAAUCUUACAUUAUCUUUGACAUGUCUUCAUUUUUAUUCCUCUGCUGGGUUUCCGCAAUAGCUUUAAUAAAGGUCUGAAUACUAAACCCCAACCAUGCAAUAUAGAUCAGAGGAGUAAUGAAAUAAAAAGGAGAGAUAUAUCACCAGUUCUUACAGAUGGCUAGGUUUAAAGGAACCUUGAAGAGGAUGAAAUAAAUCUUCAAACAUGCACACUGAGUCAGAAUUCUCACCAGUCUCAUAAAUAUCAAGAUAUACAGUAUCAGUAUAUAGCAAAUCAAAGUCAGGAUUAUGAAUAGCAGCUGAAAUAAGGACAUGCUUAAUAUCGAAUUGGAACAAAUAUAGUAAAUCUGUUGCACUCUAUGGAUUUAGAAAACAACAACAACAAAUAGAGGAAACGGAUGGAUUAUCUUAUAGAGAUAAACCCUUUUAAGGAUAGUGAUAUGCAAAAGAGUCAAGCCACUUGCAGAACCCAAGAGAAUGAAAUACUCAUGCUUAGCUAAGAGGCCUGCGUGAGUCAGCACACCUCUAACAUUUAAGUCUUGUUGAGAAAGUGGCAGAAAAUAUGCACAGGAAAAAUUUAAGUCGUGGAAAAUGAAUUACUUCAAAAGUCAAAAACUAUUUUUUGAAUGACAAGUGAAAUCUCUCAUAUUAUCCAUUAUAUAUAUAUAUAUAUAUAUAUAGCCACUUAGACAUACUAACCUCAGGAGUGAAUCAGUGUAUAUACUGACCCAGUAGCCAAGAUCCAAUAGGUGUGCCAGCUUCGGAGACCUUGCUCUGGGAUGACUGUCUGAGGAUGAUAGCAACAUAAGUAUCUCCAGGAAAGCCAACAAGCACAAUGAUUACUUUUUUCGCAUCACAGAUUAUUUACCAGCGGAUUGUAUGGAAUCACUAGCAGUAUUUGAAGAGGUUCUUCUCAUCCUGUGGAAACAAUGGCUAAACAUGAGCAGUUCUACUCCCUGAAGCUAUUAUUCCCAGUAAUCCAUUAGUAUAGAAGUUUGCCAUAAGCCAAUGCCAAUUCUGCUGUGUGCAGAGAUAAUUAAUGAAUCUAGGAUCAGUUUUCUUAACUGGAUCCUGGAGAAUGUGAGCUGUUAUGUUGUAACGUUUGAUGUCUGAAAGGAUCCAGAUCCUAGGAAUCCUAGAACACAAAUCCACCAUGGCAGACCUGUAAGACUAGUGGGAGAAAUACUAAUAGGCUCAUUUCCAUCCUUGAUAUUAGUGGAGAAUGAUGGGGGCAAGAACCUCACACAAAUAGACACAAAAUAAAAAGUGAGAAGCAAUACUCACUGGAAAAAUAAUAACAUUUAUUAUAAAACGUUAAAGGACCAAACUAAUUUUCCUGGCACUAUAGUGCUCUGAAGGUGCCCCCACCCUCAGGGUCCCCCUCCUGCCUGAAGUUGGAGGAAGGGGUUAAAUCACUUGCCUGGGACUCUCCUCCUCCUUCGGUCGUCAUCGGCUGAAUGCGCAUGCCGCACACGCAUUUAGUCAGUCCAUAGGAAAGCAUUCUCAAUGCUUUCCUAUGGACGCUGUUGUCUUCUCACUGUGAAAAUCACAAUGAGAAGCACGGAAGCACCUCUAGCGGUUGUCAAUGAGACAGCCACUAGAGGCUGGAUUAACCCUUAAGUAAACAUAGCGGUUUCUCUGAAACUGCUUUGUUUACAGCAGGCAGGGUUAAACCUAGAUGGACCUGGCACCCAGACCACUUCAUUAAGCUGAAGUGGUCUGGGUGUCUUUAGUGGUCCUUUAAGUUAUAAAAAUGUAACAAAUGGAACAAAUAUCUGGUGUCUGAGCAGAUCCACGCUUGAGUCUCAGAAAUCCACCACCAUGCUUUUUUCGAUAUCACAAACUUCUUCAAGGGUGUAUCAUGUUGCUGUCCCAACCCUCAUGUUAAACCCAACAAACUGGAUAAGGGAAUAACAAUCCUAAAGCUCCCUAAACAUUAACAACCCAAAAAUAAAAAUAAUAAAAAUAAAGUAUAAAUCAAUAUACCCAUCCUAACACCUCAUAUAAAUAGAUUAGAUUAGAAUAGAUAUUACAUAAAAAGAAUAUAUAAAUAAUUACUGCAAACAUUAAUUUUUUAUAUAGAUAUAAUCACAGACUUCCCGAUGCAACUAAAUGCCUUUACAUGUCAAGUGCUCAGGGCAAUUGCUACCUUUUCAGUUUAUCUCCUGUGAGUUAAGCAACCAGGAAGUAUUAGGACAAAUUGUCUGAUUGACAGCCAGGGGGGUGUAACAAAGUUAAUUUAUAAAUGUGCCAAUUUCUAUUGAAAUCUAUACGUUUUGUAGAAUGGAAAAAAAAGGGGAUACAUUCUUCACAUAUAAAUAUAUUCAGCAAUCUAAAGUGCUUUAGGUUUUUAGAGUAUUCAUUUAAUCAGCUUGUAUGUGUGACAGUAUAUCAAAAACACAAUCUUUCAUUCAUAAGGUGGAUAAUAAUAUUUUGUAUUAAUAUAAAGUGUAAUAGUUGAAUGGGUCGAUUCUUUUAAACGUGUCCUAAUAAUACUUAUGCACUUUGUAGUCUUGAAAAUGGUAUGCAUACCUUUGUCACUGGUAGUUAUAUGUUGACUUCUAUGCCUGGUCUAAGAAGGCUACAGAUAUUUAUACAAAAUAUGGAUGAAGCUAAAAUACAUAUGUGAUUUCCCUAUAGAGGUUUCCAAAAAAAAUAGGAUCUGAAAAAAAAUUUAAACAAAGUGCAUUAAUCAUGCUGUGUUUAAAUGUAUACAUGUCACUACACGUAUUUCACUGUUUAUUCAUGAAUAAUUCACAUUCACAAGUUCUUGCUUCUAUGAUCUCUAUGAAUAUCAGAAAAAUUACCUAGAUGUUUGAUUAAGAAGCCCUUUUCUAUUGCCGUUUUAUUUAUUUGUUAACCCUUUACAGAAAGACUGGGAGGAUCAUCAGUUUCAGAGUCUAUAUGUACCUUUCAUAUUGCCAUAUUUCAGACAUUUAAACAUGGAAGCAAAAAUACAAUUGCAUUACCAUUGAACUGUUACUAUUUUAUAUAGAUUUUGACUUUUUUUUUUUCAGAUUUUAGUAGCUUUUCUUUCUCUUAAAACUCAGAGAUUUAUUGUUAUUGCUCAACCUCAUCAACCUGUUCCUGUAACAUAUUGAAAUUGUUUAAUUUAUAGUUAAAUUUCUUCCUUUAUAAUAUUGUAAAGCGCUACGAACUAAGAUGUCGAUAGAUAAAUGCCGAUAAUAAUAAUAAUUACAUGCAAAGACACAGUAAAUCUUUCUAGGUUUGAGUAAAUUGGUGAUAAGCUUUGUGUUCUGUAACAUAUACAACAUCUAAUAUUUUAACAUAAUAUUUUUUGUACUAUCCAAAACAAUCUAAAACUGUGAUUGCCAUUAACUGGAAAGCGAUAAAAAUGUCAGAUAACAUAAUCACUAAACUGAAAUCUAGUUGAAUGUUUCCAGUUAUGAAAUGUUGAAUAUGUUUAUGAGCAAAUUACACGUCAGUUUAAUAGCCUGAAAAUUGUCAGAGAAUGAAAGUUAAAAAAUGUUGCUGUUAAGUAAAUAGGCAUGAUUUAAUCACAUACAUUAUUUGUGGUUUUAUAAGUUUAUAUAUUUUUCAAUUAGGUAUGCCGGGAAAUGGAAGAUGCAUUCAUAUCACUUUAUCAAGAAUUCCAGGUAUUACAAUCUGUAUGUAAAAAGCAGGCCGAACUGAUUGAGAAAUUGCUAUCAAAAAAAGGAAUUGCAAGUGGUAAGUAAAAUUAAGCCUUCAGCAGAUAUUGUCAAUGAAACGUAACACUGAGAGUAAAUAUUUCUUGGAAUUAAUUCCUUCACUUUCAGAAUCAAGUAUACAUUUUUUAUUUCAUAUAUAUUGCAGAAUCAAAUUUAUUCCAUAAUGCCUAAAAUAAUGCCUCUUAUUUAUUCUUUAAGAAUGUUUAUGGUUACCAGCAUAUAGAGGAACACAUUUCUCUGCUAGAAGCCACUAAUCAUUCAUUUAAUCAGCUUGUAUGUGUGGGGCACCACCCCUCUCCCAUUCUGCGUAGGAGCACCGGGUGUCACGUGACUACCUGGCGCUCAGUCUGACACCGCACACCGCCAGAGAUUGAGAGGCCCCCCUCUCUUGCUAUGUCAGGUGAGAAACAGCAGGGAGUGGGGCCAUCUAUCAAUAGGGAAGAGCAGAUCUGGUGAGAGAAACAGCUGCCUGCCAGAGCAAGAGGAGGUAGAUAUGAAUGGAAGGGUUAGGAGGGAGACAUGGGUGGGAGAGAUAGGAAUGGAAGGAGGUAGAGAGAUUUUAAUUAGAAUUGAAGGGUUAGGGAGGUAGAUUUGGAUGGAAUGGGUAGGGAAAGAGAUAUGAAAUGGAUGGAGACAUGGGGAAGAGAUAUGGAAGCGGGGAGAGAUGUGGGGGGAGAGAUAUGGAAGGGAGGCAAAGAUAUGGAAGGGAGACAGAUGUGGGGGAGAAAUAUGGAAGAGAGGGAGAGAUGUGGGGGAGAAAUAUGGGAGAGAGAGAGAGAUGUGGGGGAGAAAUAUGAAAUGGAUGGAGACAUGGGGGAGAGAUAUGAAAGUGGGGAGAGAUGUGGGGGGAGAGAUUUGGAAGGGAGGCAAAGAUAUGGAAGGGAGACAGAUGUGGGAGAGAAAUAUGGAAGAGAGGGAGAGAUGUGGGGGAGAAAUAUGGAAGAGAGAGAGAGAUGUGGGUGGAAAGAUAUGGAAGGGAGGGAAAGAUGUGGGGGAGAGAUAUGGAAGGGAGGGAGAGAUAUGGAAGGGGAAGCGAUAUGGAAGGGAGGGAGAGAUGUGGGGGAGAGAUAUGGAAGGGUUGGAGAGAAAUGGAAGGGUGGGAGAGAUGCGGGGGGAGAGAUAUGGAAGGGUGGGAGAGAUAUGGAAGGGAGGGAGAGAUGUGGGGGGAGAGAUAUGGAAGGGAAGAAAAAUGGAUGGAAGGUGGGAGAGAGACAUGGAAGCGAGGGGAACAGAGACAUGGAUGGAAGGGGGGAAAAAGAGACAUGGAUGGAAGGGGGUAGGCGCGUGCUGAUUGGAGUGUGCAGCCACACAUUUCUUUGCCUGGAGAUAGCAGAGGAACUAGGGAGCGAGUGGAGUGGACAGUGCCGCUGCCUACCUGACUGAGACUGCAGUUUGCAGAGAGACUGAGGGAGCGAGUGGACACUUCAGACAGUGGUAUUACCACUGAAAUAGUAAGUAACUUGUGGGAGGCUGUAGAGAGUGUGAGUAUAGGUGAUGUAGCGAGUGUGUACAUAGGGGCUGUAGUGUAUGUGUGUAUAGAUGAUGUAGUGUAUGUAGGGGUUGUAAAAUGUGUGUGUUUAGGGAAAGUAGUGUGUGUUUGCUUACAGGGGAUCUAGAGUGUGUAUGUCAUUAAUGUAGUGUGUGUAGGUGGUGCAGUGUGUGCCUAUAGGUGAUCUAUUGUGUGCGUUGGGGAUCUCGUGUGUGUGGAGAACCCAGAGCGUGUGUAGGAGAUUAAGUGUGUGUAGAGGAUGCAGAGUGUGUAUAGGGAUUCUAGUGUGUAUGUGUAGAAGAUUCAUAGUUCUGUACGGCAUCUAGGGUGUGUGUAUAAGGGAUGUUGUGUGUGUCUAUAAUGUAAUGUGUGUAGGGGUGCACUGUGUGUAAGGGAUGCACUGGGUGUAAGGGAUGCACUGUGUGAUGUGUGUAGUGUGUGUGUGUGUGUGUGUGUAAAGGAUGCAGUGUGUGUGAAGGGUGCAGUGUGUGUGAGGAGUGCACUGUGUGUGUGAAGGGUGCACUGUGUGUGUGUGUGUGUGAAGGGUGCACUGUGUGUGUGUGUGUGUGUGUGUGAAGGGUGCACUGUGUGUGUGUGUGUGUGUGAAGGGUGCACUGUGUGGGAAGGGUGCACUGUGUGCUGUUUGGGGUUUAGUGUGUGUGUGUGAGGGGUGCACUGUGUGUUUGGGGUGCUCUCUGGCGUUUUGGGUGCUGUGUGGUGUUUGGGGUACAGUGUGUGUAUGUGUGUGUAUGUGUGUGGUGCACUGUGUGUUUGGGGUGCUCUGAGUUGUUUGGGGUGCUCUGUGGUGUUUGGGGUGUAGUGUGAUGUUUGAGGUGUAGUGUGUGUAUGUGAGGGUUGCAGCGUGGUGUGAGGGGUACAGUGUGGUGUUUGCGAUGUAGUGUGUGUGCAAGGGAUUCAGUGUGGUGUUUGGGGUGUGUUGUGAUGUUUGGGGUGCUGUGGGGUAAAAAUAAAAAACUUAUAUAUGUGUAUUUUUUUUAAUUAUUAUAUUUAUGUCCACCCUCCCUUCUGACCUUUGCCUGGGAGGGUGGACCUUGUUGCCAGCCCUGGUGGUCCAGUAGGAAAUCCCUGGUGGUCCGGUGAGGAGUGAACUCUACCCUGCAGUUCCUGGGGUAGAGAUCACUCUCGCGAAAUCGGAGCGUUGCCCCGGGCCCUCUCUCCCUCCCUCCCCCGGACGCAUCUCAGUGCCUGUGGGGAGGUAAUUUGACUCCCCACUGGCCCAUGAAGGCACACAGUAGUGUCGGCGCUCUGAUAGCGCUGGUUCUGCAUGUACCGGCAGGGGAGAAACACUGAUCUCCCCUGUUGGCCUCGGCCCAUGGCCAUUGCGGCCCACCAGGCAUUUGCCCGGUAUGCCCGAUGGCCAGUCCGGGCCUGAUGAUGACUGCCAGGUGCAAAGGACAAACCUUUUGGUGACAAGUCACUAAGAUGGAGGCACCAAGUUGUAAAUUUCUACAUGAAUUGUAUUUUUCACAAAAAUCCCUGGAAGUGACAGUUUUCUUUUAAUUCUUUGUUAUAUUCUUCACUCCUUGUAGAUAUCUGGUUCUACUUUAUGUAAUAUCAGUUUUGUACUCUGAAAUUUCUUCCUACAGAAAUGCCUUUUUCUAAGCCAGUCCAGUGCAGUGAUGUCGGAGACCCAGCUUGCACAGAGAGUCCUUUUUUCCGGCUACAUGGAAUUGAAAAUCCCUAUGUAGAGUCUUCAAAACCAAAAACUGAUGAGAUUCCUAAUACUUCAAAAGAGCCUGAAGAACAUCCCAGCGUCUUGUUAGAUUUUGAUGUACACUUCCCUCCAAACACAGAACAGUACAGUUUCCUAGCCAGCGAAAAUGAACAAGUAGAAUUUGCUGUAGGCUCUUCCAAAUCACAACACAACACUGAUAAAAGGAGCAGCACCACCGACCUUGAACUAUUUAUCAAAAACUACACACCACAAUUUCAGAAUGCAAAUGGAGGUGGAGACAAACUAAUUGGUAAUUCUGUAGCAGGUGGUCUUGACUUUUUAAUUCCACCAAAAGCAGAUCAGACUUUCAAUCUCUCAAACUUCUAUGAAGAUCUAUGUUACCUCCAGUCAAAGGAUAUUUCAUUUGGAGAAUGCUCAGGACCAGAGAAUAAGCAUCCAAUUGGAAUUAGAGGACCAGCUCAGGUAUGGAUACAUUUAUUGUUCUUCUGUAAAUUAUCCUGAAUGUAAUGGUUAUGUUUCUCCUUCUGUAGUAAGUUGUGAUUACACAUCAAUACAUAGGACCAAAAUAAAAUGUAUUUUGUGUUUCUCUACAUAAUAAAUACAUGUCUAAAGCAAAAUAUAUAUGGAGCAUUCAUAGAAUACUGGAGGCUCUAUGACAAAGGAUAACAAAUAACCUGAAUGAAUCCGUGAAUGGAGAGAGAGCGUCUAAUACAUGUAGAAUCACAUAUUGCCCAUAGAAGAGGUAAGGGCACUAGGAUGUGAAAUAAAUAAAUAGUAAUACAAAAUAAAUGAGAGAUGAGAGUGAGAGAUAGAGAACUGCAAAUACUUCCCCCAACGUGGCACACUCUCUGCUUUAUCCCCCUCACUAAAAUAUUCAAUCUCUAAGCACGCAACCAUAACCCCAAUUAUAAAAAUGCCAAACCUUGACCAUAACUCCCUAACAAACUACUGCCCUAUCUCGCUACUACAGUUUGCCUCCAAGAUCCUCAAGAGAGUUGUGUUCGCUAGAUUAACAGACUUUAAUUCACCUCUCUGCUCAACCCGCUUCAGUCUGAAUUUACACGCUCGUCACUCUGUUAAAACUGCCCCAAGAAAAGUGAUUUAAUUGCUGCUAAAUCCAGUGGUCGCUUCUUGGUAAACUCAUCAGCUCUUUUGACUUCCAAAAUCAUUUCUGCCUAUGACAUGCAAAUCUGUUUGUCCUCUCCUUUUCUCUUGUUGUCCCUCUGAUUCGUGUCUCUGACUGCAUUUCCAACUGGAUGACUGGUCCUUUUCCUAAACUUAACCUGUCCGAAACAGAGCUUCUCAACUUUCCUCGCUCAUGUGUUGCUAUUCCCUCCAAGUCAAUGGCACUACCAUCAUAUCUACCUCACAGGCUCGCUGCCUAUGUGUUCUCUUUGACUCCAAUCUCUCUUUCACCCCUCAAGUCCAGUCACUUGCCAAAUCCUGCCACUUUAUAUCUCAAAAACAUAGCCAGCAUCUGCUGCUAUCUAUACGCUCUGCAUCUGCUGCUAUCAUACUCGCACCUCUGAUGCCCGCAUUCAGGAUUUCUCUCAGGCUGCAAUGUUCACUCCCUUCUCUGCUCUCACCUCUCACCACCUCACUCACCACCCAGUGUAAGUUCCUUCAAAAGAUCAUUAAAUACUAAUUUCUUUAGGAAAGCAUAUCAAAUAAACUGUCACUAGCUUCCCUUCCACGCAUCUUGGUAACCCAUCCUGCUUCCUCUCCUACAACUGUGUUAUCCAAUAAACUAAACCUUCUCUGUAAACCAUUCCAGUAACAUACUUUUUUCAAGUACAUGAAAUACAUCCUACCCUUACCUCUUGUGACACCUUACCCCACUCCCUCUAGUAUGGAAGCUCAUUUUAACAUGGCUCUCGACACCCUCUGUUCCUGUGCAUUCAGCACAUCUUGUUGCAAUGACAUGUCUGUAAGUUCACCAAUUGUACAGCGCUACGGAAUUUGUUGGCGCUUCACAAAUAAUAAUAAUAAUAAUAAUAAUGUAAAAUAAAUACAAACAGUUAAAGUGGCAGAGAAAUAGGGAUGUUUGUAGGGGAGUGGAGUCUGGUUUUAGACAAUCAUCCUUAUAGCAGUUUUUGUAUAAAAACAUUUACUGGUAAUUAAUGAAAUGGAAAAAAUCUAAAGUAAUAUUAGGGAAGUACCCCCAUCUAUGUGCAGCCUGCCUUUUGGUGUAUUUAUUCCAGGUUCUUUUUUGUGUUUUUUUGUGACUUCCUAUUUAUCUUUUAUAUCUUAGCAUUAUGCUUGAAAGAGAUUUUUAAUGUUCAUAAAUAGGAAAGAUUGUUCAGUUUUACCGUUUAUUAGGUGUCAGCAUUAUUUGCAGGCUGCACAGUUUGAAUACCUAUAUAUAUAUAUAUAUAUAUAAUUAGAUGCCAAAAUACCAGAGUAUUGCAGUAUGCAAUGAUACAUUUUUUAUUGGUAUCAUGUAUAUAUAUAAUGAUACAAUUAAAACAAUUGAAUCAGACUUUAAACUAAUAGUGCUAUUACAAACAACAACAACAAAAAAGACAGAAAUAAGGCAUUAGAUACAGUUUAAUCUGUAUUUGACAGUUAAUGGUUUUGAUACUGAAGACAGAUUUUACAAAGGAUUUGUAAAGGAUUUCUAUCAGUUUUUAUGUAAUUAUUUAGAGUACAUUAAGUGAAUACACUUGUGCCGCUUAAUGUGUAAAAAAAAAAAAAAAGGGUAUGGUAAUUGUAACGGAGCUCCCAGUACCUCGACUGGGUACCUCCACCAAAGGACCGCUUCCUAGCUGGAACAGGGACAAACCGCAGCACUUCUGCCCACAGUCGCCGUGGCUUUACUGGGAUCCUGGAACCAUUCCCUCUUCGAGUCGAAUGGGGCAUUCAUCUACACAGCCCCAGGCACUGGACGACACUCAGUCCUGGGAGCUCUGGUCCUUACAAUGACUUUCCCCUUUGAAUCCUCCUCACUGGAACAGGGAUUAAAGAAUAGCCUUUUCCUCUCACAGUAACCAGACGACACAUAGUUCUGGGAGUACAAGCUGGAAUGUUUUAAUCUGGCCAGAUGGCCUGCUUUUAUACAAUUUCAGACACAGUUAAGCACGCCCCUGACACUCCCACACAAACAGGAUAAUCCCUCUGCUGGACCUAUGAGGGGACUAGUUACAAGUUACAAACUCUUCCUCUGUGCCUGAGAGAUAAUUGAGUCAGGAACUAAACUAACUCAAUUAUCUCCAGGCACAGAAAAACAUACAAAUUACAAAACCCCAAAAAUAUCUUUAAAACAAAUAAAACCCCCCACAAAAGUUCCAUCCCCUGAAAGCCCCGAUCAGGGUGACCAACAUAUCCAAAAAUCACCCAGUGAUUAACCCGGUUAAAAAUGUUCAUGGAAGUCAUAAUUUUGACCGACCGUGCACAUGGUCCUAUGCCCACAACAGUUCCAUGAAAUCAGUGCAAACGGUCGGUCAAGUUCGGUAGUCUUUUACAGGUUUUCCUGCAAGGCCCAUAGUCUGUGGGCAGGAGGCUGGCAAGCAGGCUCCUCCAGGAGCUCGGGGCAAACUGACGUGGGAAGGGGAGUUUGUCACAGUAAUGGAUGUGAAAAGGUGACUGUGUCUUUUUAAAAAAAAGUUUUUUAGUAACAAAUUAAAGGGACACUGUAGGCGCCCAGACCACUUCAGUUCAUUGAAGUGCUCUAGGUGCAGUGUCCCUUUUGCACUUAGUGCUGCAAUGUAAAACAUUGUAGUUCCAGAGAAUCUGCAAUGUUUACAUUGCAGCACUAAGUCUGCUUCCAGUGGAUGUCUACUAGACAGCCACUAGAGGGCUUUCUGAAUUGAAACAGACCUUUGGUCUGUUAUUUGAUGCUGGACGUCCUCACAUUCUGCAUGAGGACACCCAGCGUCAAAUUUUUUUCCCCAUAGGAAAGCAUUGAUUCAAUGCUAUGCUUUGGGGAGGUCUAAUCCGUGCAUUUGCCAUGCAUGCGCAUUAGCGCCAGCUUGUCGCGGGAUGUUAGACAUCGACGCUGAGAUCAGGUAAAUAAAUAAAAUGUUUUUAUCCCUUUAUUUACCAGGUUGGGGGGGGGGCGCGAGGGAGGUGGCAGACAGUGGGAGCUAUAGUGCCAGGAAUACAGCUUUGUAUUCCUGGCACCAUAGUAUCCCUUUAAAUGUAGUCUGGACUUCAGAGAGCAUAUUCACCAUCCUAUCAGUAAAUGUAGUGAGUUGAACAAUGACAUACAUGGCAUAAUAGCAACAUUUUACAUAAAUUUACCAUAGACGGAGAUGAUAUUCCUACUUUACUACUUUGAAUUUAAUAUUGAGUCAUUUUUUGACUCGGUUCAAAUCAUUAUAUAGUGAAUAUUAACAAUUACAGGUUUAGUCACUACAGUGAGAAUCUGAUAUUUUGGCAUUAAAUUUGAUAUUCAAUUUGAAUUCUCACUUUAGUGAAUAACUCUGGUAGUUUCUAGUCGGUGAUGAAGAAACUGUGAAGUUAUAGCACUGUAAAAUAAAAAUGGGUGGUGCACUGAAUUAUUUAUCACACAUUUUAGCCAAUCGUGAAAACAGACAUAGACACUUUUCCUCUUUCCUAUUGAUUUUAGGAACAAAUAUUAUAUAUUGUUUCCCUCAUAUUGUCUAUUGAAUUUAGGAGACCAAAUGUUGAAAGAGGUUUUUUUCUAAAAAACCUUAAAUUAAGAAAUAUUUUGUUGAAGCAAUUAGCAAAAAUGACUAGAUGGAAACUCUAAUUUCUGGUGACUUCUGGUGACACAUGGACAAAUUAAUUCCACGCAGAUCAUUCUUGACAGAAAUAGGCCAAGUAAAUGUGAUUUGCAAAGUACAUAAAUACUUAGCCUCUUAAGCUGCACUUCAGCAAUCCACUUUCUAUCAAUUAUCUCCAUACCUCUCAUUCUCUUUUCAAAGAAUUGUGUUUUGGCCCUCUAUCAGUACGUCCUUUCUGUAGAGUGUUUUAAAAGUUUUAACUUUCAUUACUGAGAUUCACUAAUGGUGUUCUUGAUCCUCGAAAUUUCACAUUAAACUCUAACCCACCUAGUUCUUGGAAAACAUCAAUACUAUAGAAAUAAUAACAACUGUUCUACAGCAUAUUCAAGGAUUAAGUAUUCUUUCAAGAUAGCGCUGCCUGAAGACCCAAAAUAUAUUUCAUCAUGUUUUGUCAGUUACAUGACCUACACCGCUCACAUAAUUAGAGCAAAACUAGGGAGCUAUUUUUUCACAUAUCCCUACAUCCUCAACUUCAAACAUUUGUGUAAUGCUGUAUGCUAGAAUGGUAAUCAAUUUUCACAUAAUAUAUGUCUUGGCCAUGAAAGAAGGAGCAAUAUAUACUAUUAGUGUGGCUGGUAUAGAGAUAAAGAAAUAAAGAACCCAAAGAAAGGUCAGUAUAGUCAAGAAACAAGCCAAUGUCAGGAGAAUGGAAAAUAACUAUGCCCCUAAUACAAGUCAUGGUCAAAUUAGCCAGAAAUGUUAAUAUGCAAGAGCAAGCUAAUGGAGAAAUAGAGUGUGCAAAAUCUAGAGGCCCACCAAAAGUGAACUCUUUGAUCAGGACCCUGAAGACAGAUUUUACAAAGAGUGGUCUUCUCCACCCAAGAUAACGUGUCUGGAUCUCUGCAGUGAUACAUACAAACAUCAUGAACUCAUUUGCACCUUAAGGAUGGAGGUAAUCGUCCACAAUCUUAACCAAAACAAAACCUUGAAUUUGAGCUAUAGGUUUCUUCCACUGUAAUUUAACGCCUUAGGGACCAGACUGUUUUUCAAUUUUCUUACCGUUAAAGACCAGGGCUCUUUUUACAUUUCUGCGGUGUUUGUGUUUAGCUGUAAUUUUCCUCUUACUCAUUUACUGUACCCACACAUAUUAUAUACCGUUUUUCUCGCCAUUAAAUGGUCUUUUUAACGAUAUCAUUAUUUUCAUCAUAUGAUAUAAUUUACUAUAACAUUUGUUAUAAAAUAUGAUGAAAAAUGUUUAAAAUACAUACUUUUUGGAACUUUGACUCCCCAAAUCUGUUAUGCAUCUACAACUGCCAAAAAACACCCGUGGUAAAUAGUUUCUGAAUUUUGUCCUGAGUUUAGAAAUACCCAAUGUUAACAUGUUCUUAGUUUUUUUUGGAAAGUUAUAUGGCUAUAAGUACAAGUGGCACUUUGCCAUUUCCAAACCAUUUUUUUUUUUCAAAAUUAACGCAAGUUACAUUGUAACACUGAUAUCUGUCAGGAAUCCCUGAAUUACCCUUCACAUGUAUAUAGUUUUUUAAAAGAAGACAACCUAAGGUAUUAAACUUGGGGUAUUUUGACUCUUUUCGUGCUCUUUUUAUGCAACCAUUUUACCACCAAUCUAUGCCAAAUAAAAAAAAUAAUAAUAAUUGGUGAUUUUUGUGACACACAUAGCAAUUUACAAAUGUCAUGUACUGAGAACUUUAAGGGUUACUGCCAAAGAACACCCCAAUAUGUGUUCAGCAACAUCUCCUGAGUACAGUGAUACCACCCAUGCAUAGGUGUGUCGGGUUCUCUGGGGGCUAAAAGACCUUAUUUGGAGGGUGCGCAUUCCAGUUUUUCAAUUUGGAAUUUUCACAGCUGUCAUCAGGCACCAAUGUCCCAUUUGGGACAUUUUUGAAGCUGGCCAAUGUAAUUUACCCCAUCAAACCAUAUAUUUUUGACAAGUAGACACCCUAGGGUAUUUCAAAUGGUGGUAUUUUAACACUUUCCAUGCAAUAAUUCUACCACCAGCCUCAGGGCCGUCUUUAAUAUUGACCGGACACUGGGCAACCAUUUGCUUGGGGGCCCCUGGACUCUGCCCCCUGCCAGACAUACUAACACACAUACACAGAGACAUACACUGACAGACAUACUGACACACACGCUGACACACACACUGACAGACACAUAUUGACAGACACAUAUUGACAGACAUAUUGACACACACACAGAAACAUACACUACAGACAUACUGACAUAUGCAGACACAUAUACUGACACACAUACACAAAGACAUACAAUGACAGACAUACUGACACACAUACAGACACAUACAAUAACAGACAUACUGACAUACACAGACAAAUACAAUAACAGACAUACUGACAUACACAGACAGACAUACUGACACAAGCAUAGACACAUACACUAACAGACAUACUGACAUAAACAUACACUGACAGACAUACUGACAAACAUACACUGAAAGACAUACUGACACAAACACAGACAGACAUACUGACAUAAACAUACACUGACAUACAUACUGACAAACACAUACACUGACAGACAUACUGACAUAAACAUACACUGACAUACAUACUGACACAAACACAUACACUGACAGACAUACUGACAUAAACAUACACUGACAGACAUACUGACAAACAUACACUGACAGACAUACUGACAAACAUACACUGAAAGACAUACUGACACAAACACAGACAGACAUACUGACAUAAACAUACACUGACAUACAUACUGACACAAACACAUACACUGACAGACAUACUGACAUAAACAUACACUGACAGACAUACUGACAAACAUACACUGACAGACAUACUGACACAAACACAGACACAGACAGACAUACUGACAUAAAUUUACACUUUUAAACCCACCCACAAGUUUCCUACCUUGGAAGGUGGUUCCCCAGGUGUCCAGACUGAAGGUUAUUGGGAUCUGCCUCUCCUGGCAAGGGUCCCUCCUUCGUCUCCCGCGCGGCUCCUCUCCUUAGUGGGAGGAAGUGACUCGCAGCCGUCACUGCCUCCCAGCGCUGCCGAAAAGCAAAGGGCCCGGUCGCGCUGUUAAAGUGCUACAGUGUGUGACCGGGCCCCUGCUUACAAUACCCACCCGGUGGCCUGCUUAAUGUGGGGGCCGGCGGCCCCGUGGGAGAAACAAUUGUUGAGGGCAGCGGGGCCCACGGGGAAGCUGCCUUGGGCCCCCCAAGAGUAACUGGGCCCGGGGCAGCUGCCCCGUUUGCCCCGUGUUAAAGACGGCCCUGACCAGCCUUUGUCAAACUUUUGGGUAGUCAUUUGUUUGUGUUAUCUUUCAUACACAUUCUACUUUAGGAAUGGAUUCUCAGCUCCUGUUAGGUGUUACUGCCAAAGAACACCCCAAUAUGUGUUCAGCAACAUUUCCUGAGUGCAGUGAUACCACCCAUGUACAGGUGUGUUGGCCUCUCUGGGGGCUAAAAGACCUUAUUUGGAGGGUGUGCAUUCCAGUUUUCCAACUUGGAAUUUUCUCAGCUGGUCAUCGUGCAACCAUGUCCUAUUUGGAACAUUUUGUAAGCUGGCCAAUGUAAUUUACCCCCAUCAAACCAUAUAUUUGUGAAAGGUAGACAUCCUAGGUUAUUUUAAAUGGUGGUAUUCUAACAUUUUCCAUGCACUAACUCUACCACCAGUCUUUGUCAAACUUGGGUAGUCGUUUUUUUUAUUUUAUUUUUCACACACAUUCUACUUUAGGCAUGGAUUCUCAGUUCCUGUUAUGUGUUACUGACAAAAUACCCCAAUAUGUUUUCAGCAACAUCUAGAAUCAAGUUCUACUUCCUCUGGAUUAACCGCUUAAGUUCUCUUGCUGAGAAAGAAUGUUAUAUUUAUUUUUGGAUUAACCAUUAAGUAAGUAAAUUCUUCUCUUAAAUUGUUUCUUAAAGUGACAUACCAUAUUAUUUAGGAUUCUGCAAUUGUGUUCCAAAGCCUUUAGUUUUUAAGGAUUAUACAAACAAACUGGUUUCAUCCAUUGACCAUUUAGUUUGUUUUGUGAUUCAUCCAUAUAGCAUAUCGGAGUUUAGAAUUUCGGUUGAAUCGUCGAUCGCCGAUCUGUGCGAUUCUGGUCUAGUACCUUCCUGCUAUAUGUAGUACUAUCCGUACGGUAUCUGCUUAUCUCAAGAAACGAUUUCUUUCUGUAUCUAAUCUGUAUGCUAGCUAACAAUAGCGCACUGUAGAGGUUAUGGUUCAGGAAUGCCCUGGUGUUCCCACAAAUGUAAGUAUCUGUGGCCCGCUGGAAGACCUCCUUAGUUACCAUUCUUUUCAGCACUGAGAGCUAGAAGCUCUCUAUUUUUUUUAAACUGUACAAUAAGUUAUUCUUAUGAUCAUCCUGAUAUUAUAGCAUUGUCAAAGGAUACACACAUAUCCUUAUCACGCGGUGAAAAUUGACUUUCAAAAUAGGAAAGUCAUAAAAUCGGGGAGCACCUUAAAGGAACAUCACUUGACAUUUUUUUUUUUUUUAAACCAGUAAGCACCAGUAAACACUUUUAAACAAAUAUACAAACAAAAAAAAUAAAUCUUUAAAAGUAUGGAAUAAACAUUUUGAAACGUACUGUAAACUUGGUCAGGUAGCAUUGUUGGGCAUGCGUUUUAAGCUAGGGAAUUGUAUUCAGCAACCCCGUUCUCUCUUACCAUCCCACUAAUCUAGUCCAGACCCAUCCACUAAUGAUAUAAACAAUACAUAAUUGUGUAGCAGCAGCAAGCUCCUAAUUCUGCACGAAUCACACUGAUCCACUAUUAGGAGUUUGCAAGGUGAAGAGAUCUUCUAACUGCAUUUGUGUAAUUCUCUCAGAUAUGCCCAAGCACCACAAUUUGCACAAUUCCCAAGGAUAGGACACUGAUUGGUUAGAUAAGUGCUCUCCCUGGAAUGGUUAUUGAAAACGUAAGAAAGAAGAAGUAGGCAAAUAUGGAAAAAAAUCAUAUUUACCUGUUUUUUUCCAACCUCUAGAGUGAGGCAACUGUCUCAAUCAAAGCUAGAGAUAUUAAAGGAGACCGUUGUCUCAAAGUUAUGCAUUUCCCUUUAACAAUCAGUAGACAAAUUGAUCUAGACCAAUAAAUCUUUUAUAUUAUUAUUGGUAUUUCUAUAGAACCAACUUAUUCUGCAGCGCUCUAGGAUAUUAUGGAAGGUGGAAAUUUAACAAUAAGAUGGAGAACUACAAAAUGAUAUAGGAACAGGUAGAUGAGGAUCCUGCUCAGACGAACUUACAGUCUAGAAGAGUGGAGUAUAAGGACACAAUAGGGAGUGUAUCAAGGGUGAAAAUAAACAAACAAGGUAGGAAGGUAACAGAACUGGAGGUGAGAGUGGAGUGUGGCUCUUUAGGAGAGAGCAAGAGACAGAUUUGUGACAUAUAAGUUACUCUGUGAGGUAAUUUCUAAACAGAUGGGUUAUGAUGGAUUUCUUAAAUGACUGAAGACUAAAGGAGAGUCCAAAGGAAAGGAGCUGUCUGUGAAAUGUCCUACAAGUGUGAUUUAGCAAUGAGGGUGCGAGAAAUGGACAGGAGGUGGUCAUCGGCAGAGGGGAGAGACUGAGAAGGGGUAUACAGUGGCGUACAUACCAGCCCCUGCGACCCGGUAUGUACCUACUGGGCCAGCCUCUUCUCCUGGGGGGGCCCAGGAGCCGGCCACCCCAGGUCCCACCGAGGCUGGCCCUGCUGACACCCGGCGAGCGGGCUGUCUGGGUGGCCGGCGCGCGAGGGAGCACUUUCCCCUGUGUGCUUCCUCUUCCGCUCCCUCGCGCACCGCACUGAUACCAGAGCCGGAAGAUGAAGUCAUCUUCCGGCUCCGGCUCCGGCAUCCCUACGUGGCGCGCGAGGGAGCGGAAGAGGAAGCACUCAGGGGAAAGUGCUUCCUCGCGCGCCGGCCACCCAGACAGCCCACUCGCCCGCCCGCCCAGGAGCCCCAGGAGCCCAGCAGCACCACCACUGGACCCCAGGGAAUCCCCCCAGCACUCCAAAAGGUAAGGAGGCUGGGGGGGAUUCAAUUUUAAAAAAAACAUGUGUGUGUGUGAGUGUUAGUGUGUGUGUGAGUGUGUGUUAGUGUUAGUGUGUGUUAGUGUGUGUGUGUUAGUGUGUGUGUGUUAGUGUGCGUGUGUGUGUGAGUGUUAGUAUGUGUGUUAGUGUGUGUUAGUGUUAGUGUGUGUGUUAGUGUUAGUGUGUGUUAGUGUUAGUGUGUAUUAGUGUUAGUUGUAAUGUGUGUUAGUGUUAGUGUGUGUUAGUGUUAGUGUGUAUUAGUGUUAGUGUGUGUUAGUGUUAGUGUGUGUGUUAGUGUGUGUUAGUGCAUGUGUUAGUGUGUGUGUUAGUGUGUUAGUGUUAGUGUAUGUGUGUUAGUGUUAGUGUGUGUGUGUUAGUGUGAGUGUAAGUGUGUAAGUGUGUGUGUGUAUGAGUGUUAGUGUGUGUGUGUAGUGUGUGUGUGUGUGUUAGUGUUAGUGUGUGUGUUAGUGUUAGUGUGUGUUGUGGUGUGUUUAGUGUUAGUUGUAAUGUGUGUUAGUGUUAGUGUGUGUUAGUGUUAGUGUGUAUUAGUGUUAGUGUGUGUGUGUGUGUUAGUGUGUGUGUUAGUGUGUGUUAGUGUAUGUGUUAGUGUGUGUGUUAGUGUGUGUUAGUGUAUGUGUGUUAGUGUUAGUGUGUGUGUGUUAGUGUGAGUGUUAGAGUGUGUGUGUGUGUGUGUAGUGUGUGUGUGUAAGUGUUAGUGUGGGUGUUAGUGUGUCUGUUAUUGGGUGUGUCUGUUAUUGGGUGUGUCUGUUACUGAGUGUGUGUUACUGAGUGUGUCUGAUGUCUGUUAGUGAGUGUGUGUUUGUCAGUGAAAGUGUAUGUUUUGUAAGUGAGUGUGUAUGUAUGUCUGUCGCUGAGUGUGUCUCUGUCAGUAAAUGUGUGUGUCUGUUAGCUAGUGUGUAUGUGUCUGUUCGUGAGAGUGUGUGUCUUCAGCAUUUACCUUUCUCCAGCGCCGGACUUCCUUGGUGCUGGGGAGCCCUCCGCCUCUCAGCUCCGAAUACACAUGCGCGGCAAGAGGCGCGCGUGCGCAUUUACACCGCCCAUAGGAAAGCAUUACUUUUUUUUUAUUUUCACAGUGAGAAUCGUGGAAUCUCCUCUAGCGGCUGUCAAUGAGACAGCCACCAGAGGCUGGAUUAACCAUCAGUGAAACAUAGUCGUUUCUCUUAAACAGCUAUGUUUUCAGCUGCAGGGUUAAAACUAGAGGGGCCUGGCACCCAGACCACUUCAUUGAGCUGAUGUGAUCUGGGUGUCUGUAGUGAUCUUUUAGGUGUGUGUGCAGCGUACCGCGGUCGUGGGGUCGCAGCCUUGCGACCAGGUGCCCGCUGCCAUGUGUUGCGGCCCCGACCCGCGCCGAGUAAGUGCGGGGGUUGGGGGGGCCCACGGAUCAAUUUUUGCACCGGGGCCCCAUGGGUCAUGUGUACGCCACUGGGGGUAUACCUAUGAAUCAGUGAAUCAAUGUAACAGAGACUAGAUUUGUUAAGAGCUUUAUAGGUAAGGGUUAGCAUUUUGAAUUGACACCUAUAGGAUACAGAAAGACAGUGUAAGCAUCGGCAGAGAAGCGAGGUAUGAGAGAUUGGCCUGGCAGCAGCAUUCAUUACAGAUUGUAGGGGACAAGUACAGCUUCUGGCGAGACCAGUUAAAAAACAAUUACAGUAAUACAAGUGAGAAAUUAUCAGAGCUUGAACAAGCUCGUUGGCAGCAUCUUGCAUAAAAAAGGGGCAGAUGUGUGCAAUGUUUUUAAGGUGGAAUUGAUAGGUUUUAGCAACAUACUGAAGGCAGCAGAGAGGUAAGAAGAAUUAGUAUGGAGUAGUGGCCUUUGGAUUUAGCUGUGAUUAGAUCAUUGUAACUUUAAUCAGAGCAGUCUCAAUAGAGUGGAGGGGGCGGAGGCCAGAUUGAAGAGGGUGAAGGAAAGAGUUGGAGUUGAGGAAACAAGCCAAGUGAGUAAAGACAAGUCGGAAGCUUUGAGGAAAAAGAAAGCAGAGAUGUGGUACAAGACAAGGGGAGAACGCGCUUAUAAGGUGAGAAGGGAAGAGAUGGGAUCAAGUAGACAAGUGGCAGGACGAGAGGAGAAGCGCAGCCACCUCCUGUACAGUAGCCGGUGAGAAGGCCCGAAGAUAAGGUACGAUCCAGGUGCGGUUGAGAGAGAAGAGCAAGGUGGGGAGAACUCUUUCCUUAACUGUUUAAUCUAGUCAGUAAAGGUUAGUUUGGUGGUUGGCUUCAGCAGGGAGAAGGAGAGAGUUGAAGGUAUAUGCCACCAAAUCAUAUGGCUGAUCUGAUAUUAUUUUGUGAUUGGCUUGAUGUACUUCCAUUCAAUCACAAUAAAGCACCCUGAAAUUAUAUAUGAUCUAUGAGGGAGUUAUGUUGUGUUUGUAUGUAAUCACUGUGAUCAAAGCCUGUUUUGUAACAGUUUGGCAGAGAAUGUCAAAUCAACAAAAGGAAACGUUGCAUAGAUGGGAAAUCUAUAAAUGUUCAGUAAUACAUACAUGUAGAAUAUAUCACUCCUUAACAGAACAUAACAGAUUUGACACUUCAUUGCUUGUUUCAACAGAUAAUAUAAUAAAGGUUCAAUCUCCUUUUCACUUCCCCUUCUGUGAGUGGCACAGUUUAAAAAGCAUAACACAAAUUUCUGCUUUAGCUUGCUUAAGUGCUUUAUGUGUGAAAAGUGUUUCCUCUUUUUUCCAUUUUACAAAAAGUACAGAUUUCAAUAGAAAUUGGCACUUUAUAAAUUAACCUUGUUACACCAGAAUUUCUUUCUUCCAGUCUAAAUGGGUGAGCUCAUGCCUUAUGUAUACUCCUGUUUAUGAAUAGAUUUUAAGACAAUGGUUUGUAUUAGACAUGUACAAUUAGUAUAGCUCCAAAUGUAAAUUCGAACGAUUUUCGGCAAUUCGGACAUUCGGAUGCUUUCGAAUGUCCGAAUUACUGAAGUGCUGCAUUUCGAAAGUGCCGAACCAAACCGAAUUGUCGAAGUGCCGAAUUUUGGAAGUGCCGAAGUGCUUCGGAUUUCUGAUGGGUGCCAAAACAAGAGAGGGAGCGAAAAUUACAGGAAUGAUGACAGGAAUCUAACCCUACCCCUACGUUAUGAAAGUGCCAAAGUCCCGAAUUGCCGAAGUCCCGAAUUUCGGAAAUACCGAACCAAAGUCCCGAAUUUCUGAAGUGCCAAACUGAAAUGCCGAUUUGCCAAAGUCCCAAAUUGCUGAUGUCCUGAAUUGCCGAAGUAUGGAAUUUCGGAAGUGCCGAACCAAACCAAAUCUUUUGCCCAUGCACAUAUCUAGUUUGUAUUGGCCCAGAAUAUAUUUUAAUAAUGCUAUUAAAUCCUCCCUGAGGUGCUGUUUUUUUAAAUCUUCCAUUCCUCUUAUUCAUUUUGUAGCCUUUCUUUUAGUUUGGUCACUAACUUAUUGUGUGGAACUGUAUUGAUUGCCUUGGCAAAAUUCAAGUAGAUCAAAUCCACUGCAACACCCUGAUCUAUUCUUCUACUUCUGUUUUUGUAGAAUGUAAUAAAGUUAGCUUAACAUGAUCUAUUUUUCAUAAAAAAAUAUUUUUUUUUUGCUAGUAACAUUGUUCUUCCCAAUGAAUUCCUGAACAUCAUUCCUUAAUAACCCUUGAAAUACUUUUACAGCCACAGAAUGUCUAUAAUAUCCAGACAAGGAUUUUGAUCCUUUUUUUGAAUAUAGGAAUACCACAUCUGCCAUUUUCCAAUCCUCCAGUACAAUUCCUGAAAUAAUCCUGAAAGACUAAAAACUGUUUAGAUUUGCAUAUUUUCAUACUUAGCUCCUUAAAUACUUGUGAGUAAAUACCAUUUGGUGAUGGGGCUUUGUUUGCAUUAGCUUUCGUUAGUCCUGCAACACUUUGUCUUGAAAAAUCACUAUUUUUCUGCUGGUUUUUUAAAGUAAUUAUUUGCAUAACUUGUGGUAUAGUAUUCUCCUUGAUGUAUACUGAAGGGAAAUAAUUAUUUAAAAUUUCUGCCUAUUCCUGAUCUUCAUUAACUAACACACCCUUCUCUGAUUUCAGUGUGCCUACACUUUCACUUUUGCAUUUUUUUAAAUGGAGUGUACUUAAAGGACCACUCUAGGCACCCAGACCACUUCAGCUUAAUGAAGUGGUCUGGGUGCCAGGUCCAGCUAGGGUUAACCCAUUUUUUCAUAAACAUAGCAGUUUCAGAGAAACUGCUAUGUUUGUAAAUGGGUUAAUCCAGCCCUCAAAUCCUCUAGUGGCUGUCUCAUGUGAUUUUCACAGUGAGAGCAUGCCAGCGUCCAUAGGAAAGCAUUGAGAAUGCUUUCCUAUGAGACCGGCUGAAUGCGCGCGCAGCUCUUGCCGCGCGUGCGCAUUCAGCCGACGGGGGCGGAUCGGAGGAGGAGAGGAGGCAGAGAGUUCCCCGCCUAGCGCUGGAAAAAGGUAAGUUUUACCCCUUUUCCCCUUUCCAGAGCCCGGCGGGAGGGGGACCCUGAGGGUGGGGGCACCCUCAGGGCACUAUAGUGCCAGGAAACCGAGUAUGUUUUCCUGGCACUAUAGUGGUCCUUUAACAAAACUUUGUGGGGUUGGUCUUGCUCUCUUUGGCUAUCGAUUUUUCAUAUUUCAGUUUAAACUAUCUAAUCAGCUUUUUACAGAAAUCAUAGGCUUCCUUAUAUCUUUUAUAAGCUGCCUUUUAUUUAUAUGAUUUAAAUAAUGUGUAGUAAUUGGUGGAUUUGGGGAUUACACCAGAAUGUGAAGCAACUGUUUACACCUAAUACCUGUUUAGCACCCAGAUGUUUUUCAAUUUUCUCUAUAUGAUUUAAGUGCUUUAAAUUUAAUUUUCUUAUAUUUAAUUGCUUUACUUACCUUCCUACUAAGAAACAUUGGUUUAAAUUUGCUUACUUUAUAUUUGUUUUCCAAUGGUAAAAUAUAUACUGAGAAGUGUGCAUUUGUAGUAUUUGCUUGGAGAUAUUCCAUUUAUCCUCUGUGCUUUUUCACUAAAGAGUUUACCCAUGUCAAUAAGUUGUAAAGUUGCUCUUAUCUUGUUUAAUUUAGCUUUUUUUUUUAUUAUAUGUUUUGGUAUACACAACGUACCUUUGAUUCUCUAUGAUUAGAAUCUAUUUACUCAAACAGAUAAAGCUAACAUGCUAAUAAUCACUUUCAUUUUCCCACAGUCAUCUUGGACUCCUGUCUGUCUCUCUGAAGAAUGCCAGCUUGGCUGCCAUCUUGAUACAAGUUCUGAUAUCGGUCUCAGCUCACAGAUAUGUGACUUUUGUCAGGCCAUAUUUCCAGCUGGCUCUGCAACCAAAGGAGAAUAUCUCAGGCAUAUUACAGGACACGUGGAAUGAAUUUUUUGCACCAUUUACAACCUUAAAACCAGACUAGAGCAUAUACAUGUUUCUAUAUAUGUACAUUUACUAUGUAAAUCUGAAUCUUAGCAAAACUAAUAAAAUUCAGCUGAAUGUUUGAGGAGCAUGGAUUUAUGAUUCUCCUCAAAGAGUUAUGUAAAUUACAUGUUUUAUGUACAUUAUGAAGCUUCCUACCAACCUAAAGUUUGUGAUUUCUAUUCCUUGCAAGGUCAUCGCAGCCUUCAUUCAAUAGAGGUUGGUGAAAGUUACAUUAAGAUUUAUAAGCAUAACAUCUAUACUCCUGGAUAUAUUAAUAAAUGAGAGAAAAUACCAGUGUCUCCUUCGUGGUUAAAUAUUGUCGAGAGAUUUGUUAAAGUGUUGUUUGGAUUUUAUGGACUCAAGCCUGGAACUUAGAGGCUAGGAGUAUGUAUGUAGACAGCAGUGGACCUGAUCGUAACCUACAGAGUAUUCAUACUCCAAGUAUGAACUAUCUAUUCCAAGUUCUUCAUCUCAUA